GUGCCAUCGACUGCUCUCGCUCGAUACUGAUCGCAGUGCUUUUUUGCUUUUGCAGAAAUUAUCGUUUGGUUUAGGAACAAGAAACUCAAGAAAUUCCCGUUUGGCUCGUCAAAAAAAAAAGAAAAAAAAAGCAAAAAAAAAAACAAAAAAAAAGACAAAAAAAAACACGCAAGCAAAAAAAAAGCAAAAAAGAGAAAAAAAAGCAAGCAAGAUAACAAGAAAACAAAAGAAAAGACAAAAAAGAAACAUGACGAAAGCUCUGGUAUUCUUCGUUCUUCUUUCGGCCUGCGUAACCGUCAAUGCCCAAAGUCAAGCCAUAAACAAAACUGAAAAACCGAUCAGUCUGCCUUUCCAAGAAAUCAUAGUGUCAUCGGACUUCAAGGUCCGGCGCAAAUCGAAAGAGAAUCGGCAGGGUAAGGAAUUAUUCUUGGCGAACGUGCCGUCAGCUACAGCGACCAGUCCGCCCGGAAAGUCAACGGCUCUCGCGUCGAGGCUAGUAUUGAGCGGCGGGAGUAGCGUCACACCGGACAGGAGGAGGAAGCGCCACACCAGCACGGCUCACCGAAGACUCCCGAAGGAAGGAAUAGCGAAAUACUCGCUGCGAUCACGACAGCGUUGAUUGCCAAAAAAAUUAGCACGUGAAAAACGAGGACAACCGCACGACUCCUCAUCCUCAUCUGUGAUCACACGUUUCGGACUGACCUUUGGACUUCGGCUGGUAACAAAAAGUGGAUUAAAAUU